AUGGCCCCGGUUCUGGGAAGGCUCGGCGCCGGUGCAGGCUUUACAACCUUUAUAAUGAUCGCUUUUUGUGGCGCGACCCUUAUUGGCGCACCGUGGGGCUGGGAACCGCCGCCGCCGGCUCGCACCACACACUCACGUAUUAACAUACGCUCCGUCCCACAUGCUGCUGCAGCCUGGUGGGACUCCGCUCAUCCGUCGGUGGGAGGAAGUGCUUAUGAAACGAGCGCCCACACUGACGACGGAAGCGGAGACCCAGUAGGCGGCGCGAGCGACAUGUGCCGUCACUCUGAUAUGACAUAUCAGGAGCGGCCGAGGCUGGAGGGCGAAGGGCGACCCUACGUCAGCAACAUGUGA